AUGGAUAUUUCUCGUCACUUGCUUUUGCUCUUGCUGUUCCAUGUUGUGUUUCUACUUAAUGCUUCGCAGACAAGCAAAGGCUACAGACUUAUGGCCACAGUGGUCGAUGAUAUGAAUGGUAUUGAAGCGGUUUCUCGUCGUGAAUUAUCUGCCCAAGUGAAGAUUACUGACACAAGCAAGAGACUUAGGAGGCCAUUGCCACUGCUUUCUGUGCCUCCUCCAGUUCCUGCAAUUGCAGUAGCACCUGUUCCUCCGCCCCCCAAAAGCCCUCGCGCUUUCUUGUCUCCACCUCCACCGCCACAACCAUUUUCCCUAUCACCACCACCCCCAGCCAGCCAUGAAGCUCGCGUUAUGUAUAGCAGCUCGUGUUAUUUAUUGUCUUUGCUUUCAUGUAGUUCUGUCUCCUGA